GGCUGCAAACGUCAAGGGAAAAGGCGCCUUUAUGGGGCCUAGAAGGGGCCCUCUUUGAAGCGGAAAGGCGCCCGAAUAACGAUGGUUUAGGCCCAUUUUGACAGCGUUAUGGUCACCUCAAUGUAUGUAACCCUUGGUUGUGUUUUUUUUUUGGCGAAAUGUCAUGACAUCGCGACAGUGUAAAAUAACCGAAAAUUCGAAAAAAAAAAUCCUUCAGGUUUUUUUCACCUACGCCGCCUUGUUGCCGUUGUUGUUGCUUGCACACGCUCUUUCUUCGUGUGGCCGUAUAUCGUUUCGUUGUCUCUUUGUGCCAACGCGUUUCUGUGCGCUCUCUCGUUCUUCCUCCCUUUUGUUUUCUUGGGACUGUAUAUCAGUUUCUCUUCGCACCGGUUUAUUUUUGGAUGUGUUCACGUUGAAUUGCAGCGCUGUAAGGUAGAAGAAGUGAGAGAAUGAUGUUUUGAAAAUCUUUUUACCUGUGGCUCUCUAUGGUGUUUCUCAUCGGUGUUGAACUGAUUCCUUCAGCGUUCGUCCGGCAGUAUCUUGUGUUGAAGUGCGCUCGUUCCCGUGGAAGUAUAGUCGUUAUUAGUGCUAUAUAAGCAAUACAAGCUAAAAGGAGAAGAUGGAAAAGUACGACCGUGAUCAUAGCAAAGAUGUGCAUAACGAUUAAACCUUUUUUUAUUCCAUAUUCAGUGCAAAGCCACCAAAACUUACAAUGAGGGUGAUAGAUGGAAAGUGUGUUUUAACUCCAUUUAAACCUCAUAAUCAAGGUGAGCAUUUUAUUUUCAUUGAUAUAUGUUUUGAUGCUAUACGUGUUGUGAAAAUAUUGUGGUCCUUUGAAUGGGUGUAUACAUUAACAGUUUUUGUACCUUACCAGAUUCUCUACCCUGUGCGGAAACGACAUUUUUAUCCCAAGAGUUUCGGCAACAUAUGGUAUCCAACCGAAUCCAACCGCUUGAAUGCAGCCCAAGCAUGUCACAAGCGAAUAGCAGGACGUCUAUGGAUGUUCGGCCAAAAACAGGCAAACAGAGCGAAACGCAGUCAGUUGGUACGCAGACGAUUUUAACUGGCGUAGAAAACGUUUACCCCAGCGAUGUUAUGAUGAAGCUAAACGAAAUUCUAAGGGAAAAUCAGCAGACAAACAAGAAGCUAGUGGACAUGGACAAACAAAUGAAGCUAAUGCGCUCGGAGCUGGACAUUGUAGCAAAUAGACUUGUUCCUAGAGAUGGAAUUGUUAGAGCAACAACUUUUGAGUUCGAGGCUGUAGGCUCUAAAGAAGAACUAGAUGAGCUGGAACAAAACUUGCAUCGACAGGAUUUCAUAAAGGAAAUAAGCGAAUUUUUGGACACUCGGCUUCCAGCGGACAGUGUGGAAGCUCGCAUGCAUGCUUGCGUCGAUGUAUUAUUUAAACGGGAUUUUUUUGUUAAAAUGAGCUGGUCAGGUGUUGGACAUCCUAACCGUAAAAUUCCAUUCAAAAAUUAUUCUAAUAUUUUAAAACUGUAUAGGUAUGUAGGUACUUGCCACGGCUUUGUCGCUACGGAUGAUAGGAUUAAGACUUUUUUCAUAAACAAAUUUAGGCAUAGUGCGCAAAGAAUUAACUUAGUAGGAAUAGUUAAAACUACUCAUCAUAAGCAUAGUCAUUAA